UAAAGUUGUGCACAACUAGUGCAUAGACUACGAGUUCAUCUUCAUAGUCCAUAGACCACAGUUUAUAGAUUCAUGUUAUAGACUAUAGUCUGUUAUUUUGGGUUAUGGCUAGAAUAAAAAGCUAGGUAGGCAGAUAACUGUCAACUGAUUUAGUCUCAAUGAAAAAUCUAUUUUGAAAACUAUGUCAUUAGCACUUCAAAUACUUACGACAUUUCGCAGCAAUACACUGUCAUCUUCCUUUAAUUUCCGACAUUAAGUUAAAAUCUCUGGAAAUGUUUCAUAAAUUUCAAUCCUCUUCAUUUUUAUUGUUCAUAACGAAUUUUAAAAUGUUAAAAUGUAAUGCUUCGUCGUUAGAUGGUAAAAUGAUGAACAAAGUUAUGGGACUUAAUCGGAAAACCAAAAAGGUUUGGUAUAAACCAAAUGUUGGGGCAAAUCCUUCAUUUGAAGAGCUAAUGAAACAAACAACAAAAAACAAUGCUGGACGUCAGACUAGCAAGCGCUUAGCCGUUCUAAAUAAGUUAUUAAUGAAAAAUAUAACUGAUUUGAUGGCAACCGGUGAAAACUCUGAUAAACUCGUUGGAUAUGGUCUAGAAAUUUCAAAGGUUUGUAUUGCAGGGGAUUACAGAUCUGUUAAUGUUUAUUGGAUGGCUGGAAAAUCUGAAGACGAUUCCCUGUUAGAUGAAUUAUUGCAGAUGAUAAGCGGUCCACUGAGACAUGAAUUAUCUAUAUUAAGAAUCAUGGGUGAAAUUCCAAAAAUACAGUUUAUUAAAGAUAAGACUUAUGCAAACAUAGCAGCAGUUGAUCGGUUGUUAAGUAAAGCGGAUUUUGGUGAAGAUUUUGUACCUACUUGCAAUGUUUUAUUAAACCAUCACCCUACAAUUUAUACUAAUAUUGAUCCAGAGAUAAAAGAAAAAAUUAAAGAAUUAGAGGACAAAGAAAAUCUAAAAGAUGAAAGUAAUGAUGAGGUAACAAUUCCUGAAAUGAAGAUGGAUGUAAUGGGUCUUGAUCAUAGUGCAAUAAUGGCCAGAUUGAACAUGGCCAUUUUAAAGUCAAAAGCUGCUCAUCGUCAACCUUCUGCUGUACAUAAUGCUACGAAAAAUACUAUAACGGAAAAUACUGAAGAAACUCAGUAUUUAUCAUUCACUGAUUUUGUAAAAAAAAGGAAAAUUCAAGAAGCUAAAUCUUUAGGUAGAAGAAGGAGUAGAUCGAUCGAGAAAGAAAUGUAUGAUAAUGAUGUAUCAUCGCAUUAUGAAGAGGAAGAAGAUGAUAUAGUUGACGAAUAUCCAUUUAAAAUUUAAAACAAUAUAUCAAUAUUGUUUUAGUAUUUCUUGUAUUUGGUGAAUGUAUUAAUGCCAUUUUUAUUUAGUUUCCUAUAAAUUAUUUUAUUGAUACUUUAAUACUUAAGAAAUUGUUAAAGUAACAAAAAAUAAUAUCAUGUUUGAAGAUAAAAUUUAAAGUUUUUACAAUUUUACCCAGUCGUGCCUUCGCUGUCAUAGGUAGGUGUGCGGCAGUCAUGUUAAGUAUUCAAAUACUUGUAUUUAUAUACUUUUUGACCAAUGUAUUUUAAAUACUUAAAAAAUACUAAUUACUAAUAAUUCGGAAUGUACUAUUUUAAAUGUUGUUUCUAAAAUAUUAUUUUAUAAUGGUUCUAACUUCUAACCACUGAUCAUUUAUAAAUAAGGUUUUGCCAAAAUACAAGCAGAAAACAGAAUGACUGAACACUGAAACCCCUGUGGGCUCCUCACUCCCUCAUAUUAUACCAUGGCAUACAAUACACUGACCACCACUGAUUGGAUUGAAAUUUAUCUUGAAUCUUUAAAUAGUCUUUCUUCUUAUUUAAUGGGUGGUACUGCGGUAGUAGUUUAUAACUUGAAUAUAAGAUAUUGGUAUUAAUGUCAUUGAACUUUUUUUUUCAUAUUUAUUUUAAUUUGUACAAUCUGUAUAAAAUAUUUUUACAAUAAGCACAAUAGAUGGAAGGAUACAUAUGAGGGUUUGGUUUGCUUGAUUAUAGAAACUAUUCAAUGAUAGAAUUUCAUGGCGUGGGUAGUAGUUGUUAAAGCCGACUCUAGUCAUUGAAUUGAUUGAUUGAAUUAUUAAUUAUUCAUUUAUUGAUUUCAAAAUAAAGUAUUUUGAAUACUUUUAAAAAGGGUAUUUGUAUUUAUAUUUUUAUGUCUUGUGCCUAUAUUAAAAAUGUGUUGCUUUUGCACAAAUUUAAUUUAUUCAAAUACACAAAUCUUUGUAUUCCAAGACUAAUGCACAGAAAAAUUUAAAUAUAUAACAUGACAUAUGGAUAUUUGAACACAUA